AUGGCGAAAACAAAGUCAUCUCCGAGAUAUGUUCUCACCGAUGAGCAUCGAGACUGGUAUCUCUCCUGGGUGCAGGACUGCUUUGAGAACCACCCUAAAUGUCAGAGACCGUCUACUAUGCCCACACGACUGGUUGAUCUUGGAGACGAUGAUAAAGGGAUUAUUUGUCUCCGGGAGGAUAUAAAACAGAUUAGUCGAUACAUUGCCCUGAGCCACAGCUGGAAGUUCUCACAAGCAAGAAACUGCAUGACCCUCAAAGAUAAUUAUGAGUCUCGAAAGCAGUUACUUCCGCAGCAGGGGCUUUCUCAGGCCUUUCAUGAUGCAAUCAAGGUUGCCCGAUGGCUCGGGGUGCGAUACUUGUGGAUCGAUACCUUCUGUAUCAUCCAAGAUGAUCCUGAUGAUUGGGCACAGCAAGCAUCCCAUAUGGGUGAUAUAUUUGAAGGGGCAUAUAUCACCAUUGCUGUGCACUGCUACCAGAGUAGCCCGCCAACUGAUGGUUGCUUUCUCGAGAGAAAGGUGAUCCACGAAGUGGCUCUGCCUGAUGACAAUGGAGACCGUUUCCCGGUGUUUAUCAGGUGCGCUGAAGCCGGUCUUCAUAAUGUGAAUGAAGACCCAUCUUUGAUGCGCAGGGGAUGGUGUGUGCAAGAGCGCCUUCUCUCGCCCCGCAUCCUCCAUUUUCGGCCAUGGGAGGUUAGCUUUGAAUGCUUUACACACAGGCGCUGUGAGUGUGAAAAAAUGUCUUUAGACAUUCGUGACGACAUAUACAUAAGCAUGUGCGAGAAGGAGCUGGCCAAUUUUCGCCAUAUUUCAGGGCCUAGGCAGGAGUUGGACGAGGACGGAUUUUGGUAUGCGUGGCAAGAUAUUGUCUGGGUAUACAGUGCAGCCGAUGUAACAGUCCCGACAGACCGACUGGCGGCGCUGUCCAGCAUGGUUCAACGAAUGCCGCGGCAGAUAUUUGGUGAUUACCUGGCGGGCUUAUGGUCCAAAAAGUUAAUUGAGCAGCUGGCCUGGACGACGCGUCCAGAAUUCAAAUACUUUCGGUAUCAACAAUACAUCGCUCCGAGCUUUUCAUGGGCAUCCAUCCAUGGUGGUCCCGUCGAGGUUAACUUUCAGCUUAGGCCUUGGAAUCCGGUUAAGCAAAAAGCCUGUAUUCUUGAUGCAGGAACUGUGCCUGCAGCACACGAUCCUAUGGGACCAGUCCGAGAAGGUUUCAUUCACAUGCGACUGCGUGUUUGUGAAGCCGAUGUCAUAUCCCUUCAACGUAAUACAACCGAAAUAGACCUGAGAUACAAUUGCAAAAAUGGCCGGCCGGAUAGCUGCCGUACCUCUGUCGAUACCGAGGAUGACAUGAAAGAUCUAGAGGGCCAGAGGGUUUCUCUUGGAGAGAUUCUCAAUGGAAGCGAGUUCGCCGAGUUCUUGGUUAUGAGAAAAGUAGCUGAUAGAGAAGGAGCCUUUGAACGGGUCGGAACUGGUACCUUAUAUUGGACGACGAAAAGGGACUACGGCCGCGGAAUUCCAAGGACCCCCAAUCGUGAUCCUUUCUGUCAAGUCCCCGAGCAGGAGAUAAGAUUGGUUUAA